AUGCCGAGGCGGCUCUCUCGGGGCCGGCCGGGGCCGCUCGCUUGCGCCUUCCUCGCCGCCGUGCUGGUGCUGGUGCCCGGGGCGCGCAGCCUCGGCCUCUACACGGCCGACGACCCGCUGGUAGUGCUGGGGGCAGGGACGCUGGAGCGCAGCACCUUCAACUCGAGCAGCGCGUGGGUGGUCGAGUUUUACGCCUCCUGGUGCGGCCACUGCAUCCGCUUUGCCCCCACCUGGAAAGCGCUGGCCAAGGAUAUCCAGGAUUGGAGACCUGCCGUGAUGCUGGGUGUGGUAGACUGUGCUGAGAGUUCCAAUCAGAAAAUAUGUACAGAAUUUGGAAUCGCUGGCUACCCAACUUUGAAGUUUUUCAAGGCAUUCUCCAAGAAACCUGAGGAUGGCAUCAGACUCCACCAUCACGGGGAUGACAUUCAGACCCUGAGAGACUCCAUCAUCACCUCAGUAGAGAGGCAUGAAGAUGUGUGGCCUCCUGCCUGCCCACCUCUGGAACCAAUCAGUACGGCAGAACUUCAUGACUUCUUCCAGGCUAAUAAUGUGACUUACUUGGCCCUGAUAUUCGAGAACAAGGACUCCUUUUUGGGCAGAGAGGUAACGCUGGACAUGCUCCAGUUUGAGAACAUUGCAGUGAGGCGAGUCCUGAAGAACAACGAAGAGUUGGUGAGGAAGUUCAAUGUCACCACCUUCCCUUCUGGCUUCCUGCUGGUCAAGGAUGGCUCUUCAAGCAGCAUUCCCAUGCAUGGUGACUCAAGACCCUCUUACACAAACAUCCUGCAGAAAUUACCUGGGGUCAUAAGAGGCAACACCUUCACCCCCACUCUGCUGCCUAGUCCGAGACCAAAGACCACGCCUCCACCCUGGAAGGUGGUAGACAGGAAAAAGUUGUACAUGGCUGAUGUGGAGUCUGCAGUGGUUUACAGCCUGAGGCAGGAGGCAGUGCGGACCCCAUUCCUCAGCGCAGAGAAGCUCUGGGCACUGAAGCAGUAUGUGGCUGUAUUGGUCAAGUAUUUUCCUGGACGUCUCGUGGUCAUGAACUUCCUUCGCAACCUGGACUUGUGGCUGAAGCCAAAGACAAAUGUCUCAGAAAGCGAGUGGGAGGAAGCGGUGAGAAAUAAAAAGGAGCUUCCGUAUGCCAGGUUGCCAGAGACCACAACCUGGGUAGGCUGUCAAGGAGAAAAACGAAAUUAUCCAUGUGGGCUCUGGACUCUCUUCCACCUCCUGACCGUGCAGGAAGCACAGAUUAGCCCUAAGUAUGGCUCACCAGGAGAGGUCCUCCCAGCAAUGAGAGCGUACGUCCGGUACUUCUUUGGCUGCCGGGAGUGCGCGGAGCACUUUGAAGGCAUGGCGGCAGAGUCCAUGGACAAAGUGAGGACAAAAGAUGGGGCUGUUCUCUGGCUUUGGUCAAGGCAUAACAAAGUCAACGCUCGCUUGGCAGGCACUGAAAGUGAAAAUCCCAAAUUUCCCAAGAUCCAGUGGCCGCCUCAAGAUUUGUGUUGGUCAUGCCAGAUCAACAUAAAUGGAAGGCGCUUGUGGGAUGAGAGGGCCAUUCUGAGAUUCUUCAAAAUUCAUUUUUCACCGGGCAACAUUUACUUGGAUUUCCUAAAGCCUGAGAGGGGGCCUCUGGCCAGAUAUGGUCGAGACCUUGAGGAGAAAGCCCAUGAAGCUGAGGGAAAGCUAGAGGAGGGAGGAGAAGAAGAAGAAGAAGAGAAUGGCAGAGCAGAUGAAGAGGAGUUUGAGGAAGACAAGAAGAGGAGAGAUAAACCGGAGACUGAGAGAGUGGAAAAAAAGAAAUCUGGUUCAGAAAGAUCAGGCUCUCCAGACCUGCAUAAGCCAAGUAUUGUCAAGAUGAGCACAAAGACAAAAAAGCUAGAGGAAGAUAUUGUUGAUCUUGAUACCUUCAGCGAGCAACACUACAAGAACAAGGCCAUGAAGGUGCCAGGCCAGGCCAGCAACAGGCACAGGCGGAAUAAGAGGGACCUUGGGCUGGUGUUGAUGCAAGAUGAAGGCCGAAAGUCUUUUGAUUUUGAUGCGGUCUGGGAGCGGCCAAGGCAUAAGGACUUGGGUCCCCAGCAGCUCAUUGGUGCCUUAGAGGAGGAGGAGGAGGUCAGAGAGGAGGGCAUGGUCACCGUGAGGAGGAACCAGUGGUUCCACAUCCUAGGAGUCGGCUUUUCCCGGUUGGAUGUCAGCUUGUGUAUUGUCUUGUACUUCCUCUCCUCCAUGUGUCUGUUGGGCAUGUAUACCUUCUUCCGCAUGCGCACGAGGUAUCACAAGGGCCGUGCAGGCUUCCCGUUGGCCUGAGAAAGAAGUGGAGGUGCAGCAACCAAUGUGCAGGGAGUGGAUGUAUGUGUCCUCCUGCCUGCUAUGCUGGCUACUCACCAACCAUUCAUACAUACUCUGGUUAUGGAUACACAAAUACAACAAUACACAUGUACUGCAUCUGUUGUGAAGAGUGCAUUGUGUCCCACGUGGCCCUGUAAAAUGCAUGGAAGUGGCAACCGGGGCUGUCUUCAUGGUACCGCCUCCCUCCUCAACCUCCCGUUUUCUCUCCUGAGGCGGUGUCAGGUAAACCUGCCGCCGAGGAGGGAGCGUGGGGUUUCUGGGCAGCCCUCCAGGUCCCGGAGCCCCCCUGCCCUCUUCCUGGUGAAAGGUGACCAAUUACUGGUCACCUUCCAGCAGGCUUUGCCCCCAGGUUGGCCACGGAGUGACUGCACGGCGGAAGUGCCGUGUUAACAUUGCUCCCUUUGAAGAAGUCAGGGUAAAUCCCUGACUUUUUCAAAACACCGCAUCGUGGGGAAGCCCCGAGGUGACUGUGAUCCUGCACCAUUUAACCGACAGGGCGCAGAUUCACAACCACCGGGGGUGGGGUGGGGGGGUUCCCUGUGUGUAGACAGUCCCCAGGAGAAGGAAUCCGCACUUCUCUGUGUAAAGGGAAAGGUAGGUCUGCUUCCAUCACAAUUUGCUGCAUCAUGGGUGUAUUUUGUAUUUGAUUAUCUGUAUUUGAGUACAAAUAGUUGAGCGAUAUGUUGAUUUUAGCAUCAAAAGGGGAGUGGGUUUCUAUUUCAGAACACAUGAUAACUGUUUGGUUCUCUGAGGAAUGAGAGCGGGCUCUUAAAGUCUUUUGCCUCAAUUUGGGGGGAGUUGAUUGAAUGCAUUGAGAUUCCUCUAGGCAAAUGUAGCAUAAUCCUCCUUCAGAGAAUCAAGAGUGUAACAUGGUUCUUGUAGACUUUUAAUAUGGCCAGUUUUGUAGCAGCAGCAAAAUGGCUAUUUUGAUCAUUAAUCAGACAAAGAAAGUUUGUAAUUUUUUUAAGGCUACUUUUCCAGGCUAAAGGGACUCUGUAGUAUGGGACUUGUUGGGUGAGAGGCUGAAUUUUUGUUCCUGGUAUCUUGAGGUAUUUCUAAGCCCAUUGUUUCCCUGAAGAAACUCAGUCCCAAUGUUUUUAACCUAGAUAUAGAAGCACAGUCUACAAUAGUCAAGUUAGGAGAUGGCUUGUUCUGUUUGUUUGUUUUUUAAAACUAAACUGGACUCCGAAACGUCUGAGCCAUUGUGAAACUAUCUUCAAUAAAGUGUGUGUGUGUGUGUGUGUUGCUGUGCUUGCAGCUGGUGUUAAGAAAUAAUAAGCAGAACUCUGUUACACACAUACACACACACACUGUCAUUUUGGCAUUAAGCAUAAGUGGCCAGCCUGCAGCAUAAGUGCCACAAAUGGCACAGGCAUUGGAGGAGUUUGCGGCAUCCUUCUUCAGGAGUUCCCAUGGGCCUGGCUGUAGCCUAGUCAGGGCCGCACUUCCUACCCCUCCCACGCUGUACUGGCUUACGUUCCUUGAAUCAUGGGACCAAAGUGAAAAACAACCCCAAGACGUGUGGACUUGAACUUGUGGCAUGCCAGUGGUGCAAAGAAACAAAGGUGGCUAAGGAGGAUAACAAGCACAGUCAGGGCUGGGCAAUGGAAUGUAUGGACCAACAUGGGGUCAAAACUCCUAGGCACAAGAAGGUCAUAACAAACAUAUUCUCCAUUAUCAAAAGACCAGCGUUUUUCCGUUGCGCCCUUCUUAGCAGACCGUUCCAAAGUCUCUUUUCCCCUGUCCCUUCCUCUUUGCAGUUACCUUCCCAGCCAUUUUCCAGCUAGCCAGUCUGCCAACUACACCUUUGAUUUCACCCCACUCCCUUUCUAACCUAGCCUGUGAACCCCAGGAUCACCCUGUCUUCAAGCUGCUCUUGUAGCUGUCAUCACCCAAUUUCCUAUAAUUCCAUUGUCAACAGAAGAGACGAGAUUGAGGGGUAGGGCAAAUUGCCAGGAAGGAGGAGGGUAACGGCCAUCUGGACCUGAGUCACAAGUUGACUAUCUCUGAUAUCUGAGAGUGAUCAUGGUUGGAGCAUGUGUGUUCAAGUACAAAGAAGGUUGGAAUUUAGGAAGUAUAUUGAUAAGACAGAAGAAACAUAGGUUGUACUUCAGGCCUUCUAAAGACCCCUUGACCACCAGUUCGGGUCCACAUCAUCGCUAAUGGCUAACUGGCCUUAUUUUACAAGAGCUAUUUAACCCCCUCAGUGGAAAGAGGAAAUAGAGUCUCAAUUUAAAGAAAGGAGCAAUUUCUGCCAGGGAAGUUAUCGGUGGUAAUGUCACCUAAAGUGCAAUGGAAAGGAUUGAGUGGACUUGGCUCUCUUCACUAGUAGAAUAAGGUAGGGUUAACAGGGUGGAAAGACUGGUCAUGAUGGUAGUGCUUCAUGGCUUUCAACAUGGCAAAUUUCCAUUCGUAGCAGAGAGCUAGCCGCUGUUAUCACCAGGAAUGUCAAUAAUAGAGAAAUGUGGAUAUGGGGGCAAUGUAUGAUACAAGUAGAUAUUACCAAAGUUGCAUUUCUCCGAGAACUAUUUCCCCCCAAUUUCCACAUCACUCCCCUCACCCCUUUUAUGUUUCCUCUUUGCUUUGCACACACUUUUAUACCCAAGUGCCUUGUACAACUCCUUCCUCCAAAUAGCCGAGUUGAGCUGGUGUAGCGUAGUGGCUAAAAGUGUGAGUGUGAUGACCUGGGAAGUCCAUGAUCCAAAUUUCGCCUCUGUUCAGAACUUACCCAGUGGCCUUAGGAAAGCCAUGUUUUCAAUCACCCAUUGGUUUAUUUUGCAAAAUUGUGGUAAGGAUUACUGAGUUAAUGUAUGUGACGUGCUUUGAACACUUGAGAUCAACUAUAUAAAAGUGUGUACAUGUAACUAUUGGGACCUACGUGUUUUUCCAGAUGCAUAAACCACUCUUCCCCAACCUGGCGCCCUCCUGACAUAUUGGACUACAACUCCCAUAAUUCCCAAUCAUCAUGGCCAAUGUCCAUGUUGGCUGGGAAUUAUGACAAUUGAAGUCCAUCACAUAUGGAGGACACCAUAAGAACAUUAGUGCCAUGCUGGAUCAGACCAAGGGUCCAUCUACUCCAGCACUCUAUUCACACAGUGGCCAACCAGCAACCUCCCAACCGAGUUGGGAGAGGCUAGCAUAAACACUUGAUGAGAGAACUCCCAUUAUCUGUUGGAUUAUAACAAUGGCCUCUCCUUCCUUCCUGUCAUGGCUACAGUGGUGCUGGAAAUAUUAUUCAACUUUAUUACGUUCAGCCAUGGUUUCUUAAUUGAGGGGAGGGGCAGGAGGAGUUCAGAAAGGAGUAGUAUCCUGAUGAAACAUCUGAAGAUCAAUCUCCACUAGCUUGCCACCAUUUGUCGCUUCUCCAGUUCAGUGACCACAUUGUUUAAAUCAGAGGUGGCCAGCAUCUGUGUUCUUAGGGCUUGCAGACUUCUCUAGACUCUAGUCUGUGGCCUGAAACAAUCUAAUCUUUUUCUGGAUGACCCAGUUCUGCAAAUAAAGCUGGUAGCACUUCGUGGAAAUAGAUAAUCUAGUCCAGCCUGGUAUCCUCCAGGUGUGUCAGAUGGCUGGGAAUGAUGGGAGUAUCUGGGGAUGAUGAAAAUUGUAGUCCCAACAUGUGAAGGGCACCAAGUUGGGGAAGGAAGGCUGGACUAGAGCACACACUGGCCCCAUUCAGACAACAUGCUAAACCAUGCUGCUUAACCACAAACAGCAUGGUUUGUCUGAAUGGGGCCACUCUUAAAUAGUAUGAGCGCUUUGAUGGGUGAGAGAUGCCAAGGAACUAAUAUGUUUCCUGAAAAGCUCCCGUUGAGACAAACUGGUCUUUCCAGCAGUUAUUUUGCCUUUCGAAAAUGUGCCUAAGAUAGCAAUGCAUUUUUUAAAAAAGGCAGUGAGGGGCUAGAUAAAGCUGGCUAUCCCUAGUUUAGAUUGUAAGUUCUGUGGGACGGGGACCUUAACUGCAUGUUAAAGUACCUGGCACCCUCCCUCCCCCACAAAUAUCAAUAAUAAUUAGACUCCUGGCAGACAGCAUGUAGCAGAGGCCUAUUUAAUGUACCAAAAAGCACAUUUAUUUGUGUUUUGAGAAACAGCUAUUUAAUCUCUAAUGUAAUUAUUUCUCCCUGUGUGUAGGCUGCUAUUAAACUCACGUUUAACUAUACUAUUUUGAAAGGUGUUUGGGAGUGCCUAAAAGGGUGGUGGUGUUUUUUUGGAGGGAUGAUAUGAAUGUACCUGGACAUUACCACUAUAUCCGUUAAAGCAGUUCUAUGACCUUAAGUUUUAGGGCCAAAACAGUCAUUACUUUAAAUCUGUAUCAGCUACUUUUCCCCAUUUUUACUCUAAAUUCCUCUGUACACCUCACACUUGGCUCCUCCUUGGGCGGUGGGGCAGGGGCUGUGCCUAUGUUAGAGUAAAAAAGAAGCUGCCAGAUACGGAUUUAAAUGAAUGUUUGUUUCUGCCCUUAAUCUACUAGGGCUGGUGGGUUUAAAUGACAGAUUUGAAAAUAUAUCAGCCCUUCUUACAGGGAGGACCAUGACAUUCACAGUAAGUGCCUUUAAGCCACAUUUUCUUGGGAGUUGGGGAUGGGGGAUACUCUGUUCUCCAGACAAUGAUCUGGAAGCUAGAAAUGUAUUUUGCCUCACAAACUGAUGUCCCAUUUGCUCAGACUCUAUAAUAAGCCCUUGAGAGGUAACUAGGCGUCACAGUUUGUAUUGUGUUUUGUACACAGCGUAUUGUCUACAAAACCCAAAGAGAUGCAGUAUUAAAGUGUGGAUUUGUUUCUGUCUCCUACUUCUUGAUAUAUUUUUCUUAUGAGUAAAAUUGAGAGCUUUCCCCCCCCCUUUUUUUUUCUUUCUUUGGAGAGCGGUUUUUGUUUUUUGGCCACAUGAAUUUAAUAUUUGGUUAAGGCCACCAGAGGCUAAAUCAUACUGUUUCAAAGGCCAAAUCCCACCUGUCAACUUGCCAGGAGGCCAUCCCUGAUUGAAGAAGUUGAUGCCUUUUUGGCUCCUCAAUGGAUAAUGUAGUUUUAGGAGAAGUGUAGGAACCAAGUUAGACCUACACCUUCUCUUCCUAUGCCUGCCUGCAGGACUGGUUGAUGUAUGUACACACACCCUUGAGAAAGUCCUACCCAAUCCUCUUCAUUGGCCUUAUGUUACAUGAGAGGCACUUGCCACAAGCAGGUGAGGCCUGUUGGUAAUCUUUAAAAAGGGUGGUGGUGGAGAGAAAACCCCAGCCCAAAUCCUAUAUGUGCGUCUGAAUUGGAUGUGUGUGGAAUGUGUAUGCAGAGUAUGAGCUGAAGUAAAUGACUUGUUGAUUACAGCAGGUCACCUGAUUCCCCCCACCCCAAUAAAUGCGUUUUGUAUUUCCUAGAACCCCUAUUUUUAUGGCAGUCUACCUCAAGGCCACUGGAAAGAGACUACCUUGCUAUACACCAUACUAAACAAUGUGUCUGCUAUUUAUUCUAUACCUCCUUCUCACCUGAUCCCAAAGCCCUGAGGUGUUUUAUAAUGGGUUGAUAAACUGUUUCUUUAAAUAGGGAAAGGUGGCUUCUUUGAUUUGCUUUCACUUCUUUCAAUCCAAAUGAGUUUGCAUACUGCCUUUCCCUCCACCUGCAGAGCUUCUGCAAAUGAAUGAUCCAAGGAGUAUCUGAUCUUUCAUGCUAUUGCUGUGUUUUGCUGUGUUAGUGGAAUAAAUUUAUUUUUGCUAAUAAAUAUU